UUAUAACUAUGGUGCACAUUGCCUAUCAUCUUCCCAUUGACCUCUCCCUCAAGCUCAAUCUGGAUGUACCUUCAUUACACAAGAUCUCUAAUCAACUUGCAGAAAAUGGUUCAUAAAUGUGAGAAAAACCCAAAAUUUUGAUGCUUUUGUUUUCCAUGCACUACUUUCAGAAACACCCACGUUUCUCCAAUUUCGGAUUGUGAUCAAAGCGACCGUUUUUGGAUGAAGUUAUCAAGUUUGAUUCUUUGAGUUUCUGGGUCCCUGUUGUAGACACAAUGUCAAUUUGCUGUGGCUUGCCUCUUGUGGAGUGUGUGUAUUGUCUAGCUUGCGCUCGUUGGGCGUGGAAGAGAUGUCUUCAUACUGCAGGCCAUGACAGUCAAACAUGGGGGGUUGCUACCACGGAAGAAUUUGAGCCUGUUCCGCGUCUUUGUCGAUAUAUUUUGUCUGUGUAUGAGGACGAUCUUCGAAAUCCUGUUUGGGCACCUUCUGGUGGGUAUGGAAUUAACCCUGAUUGGUUAUUAAUUAGAAAGACGUAUAAAGAUACACACGGUAGGGCUCCGCCGUAUAUACUGUAUCUUGAUCAUGAUCAUGCUGAUAUAGUUCUUGCUAUAAGGGGGCUGAAUUUGGCGAAGGAAAGUGACUAUGCUGUUCUGUUGGAUAAUAAAUUGGGGAAGAGAAAGUUUGAUGGGGGAUAUGUUCAUAAUGGAUUGUUAAAAGCUGCUGGGAUGGUUUUGGAUGCUGAGUGUGAAAUUUUGAGGGAAUUGGUAGAGAAGUAUCCGGAUUAUACUCUUACUUUUGCUGGACAUUCCCUUGGAUCAGGAGUGGCUGCGAUGUUGAGCAUGGUGGUUGUGCAGAAUCGGGAUAGACUUGGAAACAUUGAGAGGAAGAGGGUUAGGUGUUAUGCCAUUGCUCCUGCUAGGUGUAUGUCGCUUAAUUUGGCAGUCAGAUAUGCAGAUAUCAUAAACUCCGUUGUGCUUCAGGAUGACUUCUUACCACGGACAGCCACCCCAUUGGAAGAUAUAUUCAAGUCUCUGUUAUGUUUGCCGUGCUUGUUGUGCUUGAAGUGCAUGAGGGAUACAUGUAUAUCGGAGGAGAAGAUGCUGAAAGAUCCAAGGAGACUCUAUGCACCUGGUCGACUUUAUCACAUUGUUGAGAGAAAGCCUUUCAGAUUCGGAAGGUUUCCUCCAGUUGUGAAAACAGCAGUGCCAGUAGAUGGAAGGUUUGAGCAUAUAGUUCUAUCUUGCAAUGCUACAUCCGAUCAUGCCAUUGUUUGGAUCGAGAAAGAGGCUCAAAGGGCUUUGAAUUUGAUGCUGGAGAAAGAUAAUACCAUGGAAGUACCUGCGAAGCAAAUCAUGGAGCGCCAGGAAACAAUGGCCAGACACAACCAUGAGUACAAAGCAGCAUUACAAAGGGCGAAAACGUUACAUGUUCCACAUGCUUUUAAUCCACCAUCACAAUACGGAACUUUUGAUGAUGAGGGUGAGGAGAGUUCGAGAAAGUCAGAGGCCGAGUUUUCUGUUAGUUCAACCAAUAAGAGUAGCGCUGGUGAAAGCUGGGAUGUAUUGAUUGAGCGUCUUUUUGAUACGGAUGAGCAUGGCAAGAUGGUGUUCAAGAGAUGAAUAAUGAUCGUGUAGUUUGUAUGUAUUAUACAUGAAUUAUUGUCUUGAACUAAAAUUCAUUCAUUCUUUUGUGAUUUUUGGUAAAUAACAUAAAGUGAUGAUUGGUUAAUCUUUUACUGUAGAAAUUGUUGGGAAUCACUUGUCUUCUUAUGCUUCAUAUAUGUUAGGAUACUCUUGAUGUAAAAGUGCACCAGUACACUUUCUUUGAUCAGUUUGUGUUAGUUAUGUCAAUUACAGUUCAUUACAACUGUAUUUAACUCUUUUAGCUUAA